AUGUCAGUUCCAAAUACCAGCAGCUUGACCCCAAGCUCGUUCAUCCUCAAUGGCAUUCCAGGGCUGGAAGCAGCGCACGGAUGGAUCUCCCUCCCAUUCUGCACCAUGUACGUCAUCGCCAUCACAGGGAACUUUGGCCUCAUGUAUCUCAUCUACGGGGAGGAAGCCCUGCAUCGGCCCAUGUACAUCUUCCUGGCCAUGCUGUCCUUCACAGACGUGCUGAUGUGCACCAGCACCCUGCCCAACACGCUCUUCAUCUUUUGGUUCAACCUCAAGGAGAUCGACUUCAAUGCCUGCUUGGUUCAGAUGUUCUUUGUCCACACUUUCACGGGGAUGGAGUCCGGGAUGCUCAUGCUCAUGGCCCUUGACCGCUACGUGGCCAUCUGCUUCCCACUGCGCUAUGGUGCCAUCCUCACCAGGCCCGUCAUCGCCAAGGCUGGGCUCCUUACCUUCCUGAGAGGCGUCAUGCUGGUCAUUCCCUUCGCUUUCCUCACCAAGAGGCUGCCCUACUGCCGGGGGAAUCUCAUCCCCCACACCUACUGCGACCACAUGUCUGUGGCCAAAGUGUCCUGCGGCAACGUAAAGGUCAAUGCCGUGUAUGGUCUGAUGGUUGCCCUUCUCAUCGGGGGCUUUGACAUCCUCUGUAUCACCGUCUCCUACACCAUGAUCCUCAAAGCAGUGGUCAGCCUGAAAUCCGCAGACGCCCGGCAGAAGGCCUUUGGCACCUGCACGGCGCACCUCUGUGCCAUCGUCAUCACUUAUGUUCCAGCUUUCUUUACCUUCUUCACCCACCGCUUUGGAGGCCACACCAUACCACCACACAUCCAUAUCAUUAUGGCCAAUCUCUAUUUGCUCCUGCCCCCCACUAUGAACCCCAUCGUCUACGGGGUAAAGACCAAGCAGAUUCGGAAUUGUGUCAUUAGAUUCUUCUUUCAGAAAAAAGAUGCUUCCUCUCAAAGCAUCUGA